CAUCAACUUAGAUGAAUGCACCAAAAGUAUCAUUUGAAAUUGCUUUGAGUUCAUGAUUUGAGAGCUGAUUUGGUCUAUCUUUAGCUAUCUGGGUAACAAAGGACUGAUACUGUUAAAGUUGAUUAAAAUGGUGAGAGCUGUGAAAAGUUGCCUGCAGUUUUGCUUGAAACUUCUCAAUUCGACUAUCGGGAUCAUAGGGAUUGCUAUGUUACUAUACACUAUAUGGAUGACUAGAGUUUGGCAGCGAGACGCAUCACCUGAAGAUUAUAGUUCUUCUUUUCCAUGGUUCAUUCAUGCUUCUCUUGGCAUUGGUAUCACCUUGUGUGCAGUUACAUGCCUUGGCCAUGUUGCUGCAGAUACUGCAAAUGUUUGCUGCCUCUCUUGUUAUAUGAUUGUGAUGUUUCUUCUCCUCCUAUUAGAGACUGCAAUCAUAGCAGACAUACUCCUAAACUCUGACUGGGAGAAGGACUUACCUGAGGAUCGAUCGGGGAGGUUUGAUGAUUUCAAGGACUUUGUGAAGUCAAAUAUUGACACCUGCAAAUGGAUUAGUGCGUUGAUCAUCCUAGUACAGGGAUUUUCAAUCUUGUUAGCCACAGUUUUGAGAACUCUUGUGACAGAUCAUGAAGCCAAUUAUGAUACAGAAGAAGAUCAUAUUCCACCCAGGAUUCCACUGCUAGGCCAUCCUGCCCAACCACUUCCAUAUGCUAUUGGCGGUGUACAUAUAGACCCAUAUUUCACCACCAUUAAUGAGGCCUGGAAGAUGAACAUAUGAAUGGCGUUGGACACGUUUAAAUGUGGCAAAAGAACAUGCAGAUGCAGCUGUAAUUUGAUUUGGAUCAGUAAGAUGGAGAUGCAAGAAAAUGGCAUCGUCGAGGCUAAAACAGCACUGUUGUAAGCAUCCUAUUAUAGGACCCUGUUUUUGAGCCAACAAUACUUGGUCUAUAAUCAUAAGUUUAAUGAUCUAAGAAUGACACUGUUGUUGUUGAUUGGUACCACCGGGGAG